AUGCUUUUGAGAGGAUACCUGACGAGAGAAAUGGACAAGGAUUUCAAACUCCUGAGCCUGACCCUGGGCAUGUGGAUGAUACGAGAGGUUUCGUUGAUAGGCGUGCCAGGCACAGCUAGACUGGCAGAGAACAGCAAGGAUGGCACUGUGACCUACAGCUUCCAGGUGGCUUUGUCCCCAGGUGCCAGCUUGGCAUCAGGAUACCCCAGGAUACUCAACUCUGACCCCCUCACCAACCAAUUCACUGUGUCUAUGAUCAACACUAACAAAGCACAGGUGACAGUAACAGGUACCACCAACCUGGAUUUUGAGACGUCACCCAACAGCUUUGUCCUUCAAAUCCUCGCUGUGGACAGUACGAAGGACCUGGCUCUCCAGAGAUUCACAGUGAUCCUAACUGAUCUCAACGAACCCCCUGUAUUCCUAGAUGAAGAGUCUGUCCUGUAUGUUCUGGAGAAAUCCCCACCAGGACAGAUCAACAGGCCAACAGUCUCUGAUCCGGAGAACCAGCCUGUGACUUUUACACUGACCCCGUCAAACACAGAGUUUCGUAUUGACGUUGGCUCAGGAUUCCUGACUACAACUAAACAGUUCAACUACCUGACUGACCCCAGAAGCUAUGCCUUCAACCUGACAGUGAGUGAUGGAAACAACAGCGUAUCCAGAACACUGGUCAUCAACAUCGUCAACAGGAACGAUGAUAAACCUCAUACAAUCACAGACUUCACAGUCUCUGAGGAGCUGAGUCCAGGGUUUAUCGUGACCAACAUCACAGCAGUGGUGCCCGAUGACUCCUUGUACCUCAUCUACAGCAUCGGCACCAACAACUACCUGGCUAUACACAGAUACACUGGCCUGGUGACUAUAGCCAACAGGAUGGACCGUGACUCAGCUCCUCUCAGGGAGGACCCCGUAAUAACGGUCCUUGUGACAGCCACCUCCAGCCCCUCUGCUCCUCCCUUCAACACCAUCACUCUGACCAACACCGUCACUCUGACCAUCACCGUCACGGACAUUAACGACAACCCUCCCAUCUGCACCCCAGACGCACAGAGGGUGGCAGUGUCUGAGACGGAAAAACCCGGGGCCCUGGUCACCACGGUAACGUGUACAGAUAAUGACGUUGAGACGGCCUUCAGAGAGUUCCUGUUCACUGGCCUGUCCUGUCUGGGCUGCGCUAACCGCUUUGCUCUGGAACCCACUGUAUCCAAUCAGAUCGUACUCAAAGGAAACCUAGACCUUGAGGAUCCCAGUAACCUGCUUGAUGGUAAUGAAUACAGUCUGUUGGCUGUGGCUGAGGAUAAGGAUGAGUCCAACCUAAAAGGUAGUGCAUACUUCUAUGUGACGGUGACACCUGUGAAUGAGUUUCCCCCUGUGUUUAGCCCUCCAUCGUAUUUCUACAGAAUCUCUGAGCUUCUUGGACGUGGGACGGUGAUAGGAUCAGUGAAAGCUACAGACCUCCCUGCCCCCGGCGUCCGUUACUCCCUGAUCUCUGGUGGAGGAACUGUGGGACUGUCUAACAUCUUCUCCCUGGACCCCAAGCUGGGGAGUCUCGCCCUACUGACCCGGCCAGACUACCCAGACCUACAGCCUGACAUUAUUCCUAAUGAGGUCACUAUCAACAUCACAGAGGCCAAUGACGAGCCUCCACUGUGUGGCCCCAACCAGACACAUCUAAUAGUCCCCACGGACCUGAGGACAGGCUCCAACAUCCAGAGCUUCAUCAUGACCUGGUCAGACAGGGACUCCCCUUCAGCCUCCUCCAUCUACUCCAUCUCGGGGGCCAGCAACCUGAACCACCAUUUUGUGUUCUCACCUUCCUCUGGCACCAACGUCACCAGGCUCUUCCUGAAGGAGCCCUUUGACUACCAGUGUGGCCUGGACCGGGUCUGGCCCUACAGGUCAUAUAUGCUAACUACUAUUGGUGCUCUUAUCAGUCUGAACAACCAUCAGUCUGUCAAACAGAUACUGUACAAUGCACUCAAACCAUCAGCAGGGUCUGUGCCGAGAGGUCUGACCCAGACUGGCACAGUCAUCAUCAAUAUCCGAGUAGUGGACCCUGACCUCACCACCGUCACCACUACAACUAUACCUCGUGUAACAUACAUCACCGUCACAGAGAACACGUACAGCAUUGACGACUGGUAUAUAUGGUUUGUCAUUGCUCUGGGGACCAUGCUACUGCUUGGUUUACUCUCAUACCUGCUGUAUCACCUCUGUGGGAAGCUCUACAAGGCUCUUAAGCACAGGGACUGCUCCUGCUGCGUACCCAGGCCCCGGGAAGACCAGGAAGUACUGAUCCCAGAACCAACACCUCCAAAGAGGGAAAUAUUAAUGGAAGUGAUCAAGAUCAACACUGUAUUUGAUGGAGAGGAAGUUGAUCCUGUCACAGGGAGGGUGUACGAGUACAACAGUAAGUCUGGAGCCAGACGCUGGAAGGACGUCACCACUGUGUCUGAAUCUGUCCCUAUGAUACAGCCAGAGAGCAGCAGCAUGGUCAUUCUGCCCAAUCACAGGCUAGGAGUGGGAGGGCUAGCACUGGCCAAUCAAAAAUGAGGAGUGAGGGAGUAGGCAGGGCCACAGAGGAUAGAGGAUCUCCCUGGUCCAGUCAGAGCAGACAAACGUCUGGGCAGUCUGCAAGGUCUGCUCGGUUUGCUCUUUCAGAAGGAGGCGUAAAGUUAGAUAUGGUACCCAUGACAACUAGGGGAAGGCCCAACAUGUCUGAAGUCUUGAUUCCUCACUGACAUAUAAUACAUUACUUGUGUGUUUAGAAAUCUUUCAAAUCAUUAUUAUAGUCAAGCAUAGGAUUUUUGUGUUGGGAAAAAUGUUUAGCCUUUACAGCACUUGUGUAAAUGUUUGUGAAGAUAAUGUACGUGCAGAGAUACUCAAAGACCGGUCCUCCACAGGCCAUCAACUAACAGUUGGGCACUACAGUCAGACCCUUCAUCAUUGGUCAGGCCCUUUUCACACAUGAAAGUUCUCAGCAGUCAUACGAAUGACACAGUUGUCCUUCAGAUACUCCUGGGAAGACAAGCAUCCGUGAUCAUUUAAUCAUUUAAUCGCAGGGAUUAGACAAGCAAACAACACCUUCCACAUUGCAGCCGACUUUGAAGUAGAGUCAAGACUGACUGAUCUACAAAUAAAUCACCUUGUAUCAUAAAUAUCUACUCAAUAUUUUUUAUUUUAUUUUUUAGAUUAGGUCAGUCACAAU